CGACAACAAACUUUGUAAUCAAUUUUUGUCCCCAUACUUCUUAUCAAUUAUUUUUUUUUAUCGUUUAAUUACUUUUUCCAAAAAUAACCUCCGCAUCUAAUUUCGUAUUAGGUUCACUGUGUGGUUGUUUUAAUUUUCUCAGGGCUUAAUCACUUGGUCCUACAUAAAAAUAUUCAAUUAUUGUGUCAACGUGACAGUUUCAGUUAGACUUACUUAUUUACUUAUUAGAGUUAGACUUCACUAAACUUCACUUAGACAACGACAACAGUGUCACAACAGUUAAGUUUAAACUUUGGCUACCUAAAACUAAUAGAUUUUAUGAAACUAUAUACUUAGACUGACUUUAGCAAGCCUUCCCCAACUUUUUACUACUCCUUCUACUUGAAUUUUUUAACUUCUUUCUUUUUUACUACCGUACUACACUGUAUUAUUUUUACUGUAUUACUAGCUAGCCUGCUAAGUAAGCCUAUUUAUUAUUGACGGUCGUGUUUUAUACUUAGUGUAACAUAGCAAUAGUUGACUCAAGAGGCAAGACUUGACACUUAAUAAAUGUAUUGUGUCGAAAGUCCUGAAUCAUGAAAAAAUGUAUGAUUUGAUUUUAUUUGAAUGUGAUUUGCUAUGCAACUGCAGCUUAUGACCUCACCAAUUGUACAGUACGCGAGUACAGCCUGGGCCUUGCCUUAAACUUAAAUCAGUCAGAGUCAGGUGUAGAGACUGUAUUAACUUUAUUAUGUAAAUGUACUCAUAUCACUAGUACUGUCUGUAUUUUUUACACUUGUCAGUCUUGUGACUUGCGACUCAAAAUUAUUGAGAAGUUAAAUUUUAAUUUAGUUAUGUGGGCCCUGUAUCAGAUAGGCUAUUUGUACAAUGAUUCACAAUGUCAAUGUUAUACCCUAAAAUGUAUUCCUAAACCUAACCUGAACUCUAAAUGUAUCCCUAAACCUAACCUGAACCCUAAUUCACUGCAACUUUAAUAAACACCGGAAAGACGUUGUGGCAUCCACAACUAUCAUUAGCCGUUAUUUCAAAUAAUGAAAUUAAAAUCAUGGCAAUUAAUAAUUAGGCCUAUAAAAUUAUAAUAGGGAAAAAUAAUGCAGAAAUAUGGAAGUCGGUCACACUUUUUUGCAGUUAAAUACAAAGAUAAAGAAUAAGAAGGGGGUUAAUAAAAAGUCACCAAAAAAUUCAUAACUCCACUUAUAUAAAAGAUAGGGAGAUAAAAUUGAUGUUUUUAUAAAGCUUAUAACUAGCCCUUUAAAAUUAUGUAUCAUUUAUUGCAAUACGACAAUAUUUAACAUUUCUGUCAAAGUACCUACCGGUAUAUUAUAAUUAUAUUGAUUAAGCUAGCCUAUAUUAGGCUAUAUUAAUAAGAAUAAGGUAACUGCAAAGAGAAUGCGCCAUGACGUAUCACACAGCCGCCAUCUUGGUUGCUGCAAUUGGUGAACUUUUACCAAGAUGGUGGCCGUGGAAAAAUAAAAUAACUCACGUUUGCUAAAUUUAGGAAUAAAACGAUAAAAAUUAAUGAAAAAUGUCCUUAUCCCUAAACCUAACCUGAACCUUAAAUCUAUCCCUAAACUUAACCUGAGUUUUGACCCAAAACCUAACCAGGGUUUUAACCCUAAAACUAACCAGGUUUUUAACCCUAAACCUAACCAGGGUUUUGACCCCAACCUGAACUCCCUAAAUCUAUCCCUGAACCUAACCUGAACCCUAAAGUGGCUAAAGCCGCAAGUACAAAACACGUGGCAAUUUGACACUGUCUCACGUGUCAAGAAAACUAUAAAAAUGAAUAAAAAAUGGCAAAAAAUAAUUAUAAAAUAAAGAAAUAAUGAAAACUCAACUUAUAGUUUCAUGAAAUACACUUUUACACACUUUAUUUCAGGUUCCACCAAAAAGAAUAUCCAGAGAAUGAAUAAAAUACAAGGCCUGGCGUGAAGCCUCAAAUCCAUCAAAUAUGGCGUAAAAAAUAUAUCAUAAUGACCCAACCAAUGAAAUUUUAAAAUUAUAAUUAAUUAAUCAAUCAACCAAUAAAAUUUUAAUUUAAAAAAAAUGCAAUGCUCAUAUGAAGGAAAACAGUAACAAAAAACAAAGUGAUUGAAUCCAAAACAGAAACGUAUGGCACAUUCUCUUUGCAUUAGCCAAGAAUAAUUAUUUCUUAUGUCACUUGAUUGAGCCACUGGACUGCACUGUAACUGGUGUAAGAAGGAGGGGCCGGACCAGCUGGAGCGGCACACUUUCUUUAUAUGGAGUGCAGGCGGCUGCAUUUUCAGCAAACAGAGUUAUUUUCAUGUAGUGGGGGGAGGCAAAAUUCAUAUCCUGCCUUGGGCGCCUCUAACUCUAGCCAUGCCACUGCACUGUCAUAAUAUUAUCAGUUUUGGCCCAAGCCGCAAUAAGUGACUAACUGUAUUUACUAAUUUACUUAAGUAAGUUAAGAUAAAGAAGUUAAGACUUCAAUCAUCUUUCUUGAACUCUAAAAGAAGACCAAUUAAUAGUAAUUAUCAUUUUAUUAUCAUUAUUUCUGUCGAGUUUCACCAGUUUUGUAAUAGAUAUGGAUACAAUUAAAGGGCAAACUUAGGAAUAUUUUAUUUACAUUGAAAGUAUUGAUACUCAAUUAAAACUGUGAUUAAAUAAACUCGUUUAAGUUUUAUGUACAAAGUUGAACAUUGAAAUUUAAUAUUUUCCAAAAAAAAUCAUACAUGCAAGUACAAGUAAUGGGCCAUUGAGUUAAAGCUUUUCCUGGAGAGACAGCUGUUAAUCCCACACAAAUUCAGUCCACUCCAAUUGGUUAUUUUAUCAACGCUCGCGUUAACAUCAGCCAAGAAUAAGAAGUUACUGUAGAGUCACAGGGCAGACAUUAUUUGAUCCUAAAAUCUUUCAUUAAUAGCUUAACUUAGUAACUGGAAGACUAAAUCCUAUUUUUACUUGUCAGUAGUAGACUUGAAAGUGUGAAACAUGAUUAUUUGAUUUUUCACUUUCAUAAGUUUUAAGACGUAGUGUUAUACUUUACUUUUGUAAAGACUUCUGCCUUCAUCUGCUAGCAAAACAACACUAAGUGAUGUUCAUGCAUACACAUGAUGCCGUCAUCUGAAGAGCGGCCUAGAUCUUUACAUCACGACUGGCCGGCAUAUGUAACAUUUAUUAACAGGUAUAGCCAAAUUUUUAUUUAAUUAAUGCAUAAGGAAAUAAUCAAACCGCAGGGCAAGCUUUUCAUUUACUGCACAACUUUAACUUGUAGCAUUAGUUUCUUAAUUCAUAAAUGGCGAGUCACAUAUUUUUGUCUGACUUCUAAAGUCAAGAUUUUUGACAUCCUUUUUUCCAAUUCCACUUGGCUCAGGAUUCAGAAAAAAAUAUUAUUUUGAAUAUUUUAAAAUAAAUUUCAGUCAACGCUUGACUAUAAUGUAUAAUUAAUUUAGUUUUUAAUUUAAACUAAAGCAAAUCUAUCAUAAACGACACAUAUUUCCAAGUCACUUCAAUGGGCUCUAUAAAAUGUCAGAAAUGUACAGUACAUAGCAUUUAUUUCAACUUAAUGAUCUAAAUUUGAAAAUGUGAAUUGAUUUAUAUAUAUAUAAUUAAAUGCUAAAAUUAAUUUUUUAUAAUUGGUUUUUUUUUUCAGAACAAAUUUUUCUGUAGAUGUGGUUUGGAUUGACUAUAAUGGUGACCUUAUUCGUUACUGGAAAAGAUUGGAGCCUGGGAAACGUUAUUAUCAAAAUACCUACGUAACCCAUCCCUGGAUAGCCUGGAACUCGGAUACAUUGGAAAAUGUUGUCAUUGACAACAGUUUUGUGUACUUACCAAAGCCCUGGAAUGGAGAGCGACAGAGAACAAAUGUUUACAUUGACAGACCAAGUAGGACUAAAUUCAUACUCUUAAUUUACAUCUGAAUGUUUCCAAACUAUACUCUUUAUUGACUAAACUAUUUUCUUCCUUUAUUUUAUAACUGUCAACUUUUUAAAUCUUUGAAACCUAAAAAUUACUGUACAAAUUUAUUUACCUGUUACUUUAAAUUUUGAUAUAUUUUGCUAUGCAUACUUAUUAAUACUUUUUAACCCAAACUAAAUUUAUUGACAGUGUUGUCCUUAUUGGAUAUUUGUGUACAAAAAGUGCGAUCACUGGUCAGCACAGAUCAAGUCGAAGAAUUGGAAAUUCCCAUAGACUUGUUUGACAAGCUGAAGCAAAGGCGCAGCGUGGAAGUGAGAGACCUUAUGACAGGCGGACAGUAAGAGGACUGACAUGAAAUACAUCUGCUGGAACAAUAAAGACAUUGUACAUAUGUAAAAUAGAACCAACAAAUAUACAUCAUUGAUUUUAAUUUUAUGUACUGGUAAAUGUAGAGUUAUUUAAAAAUCUAAAUGCUCAUGUCUUCAUUUAUCAUGGGCAUGUUUCACAUCAAUAUUAUUUUUAUAUAGCUAUUGUGGUCUCUAGUCUUAUAUAACCAAUAUAGCACUAACAGUCAGUAGUAAUAUAGUAGUAAAUAAAAUUUCAUUUAAUCUCAAUAAUCACUAACAUUAAAAUCCAAUGCAAGUAAAUUGUUUUAUUCAUUUAUAACAUUAUAUCAAUCACAGCAUUUAGUUUUUUAGGUAAAUAUCAGUUUAUUCGAAAGCAGUUAGGGAACAAAAUUAUUGUAUUAAGCAUGCCAUUUACAUCAUAUAACUAUAAUGAAAUUUGUCUCACUUUGGUCAAAUCAUCAAACAACAUACUGUAAUAUUUUGCAAUGUUUAAAAUUUGCAGAUCUUCAACUCAUUGUGAUACUUGUUUGGUGUACAGUUGCCUGUGGUUAUGGCCAAGUAAUAAGUAGAACCUAGUUUGUUGUUUUUUUUAACUUUGUUGUUUUUUUUAACUAGCCAGCUGGCAUUAAAUUUAGAUCACCUUUGUGUUAUAGUAAUUUUGACUUUUUUUUAAAAGUAUAUUAUUUGUGGUGCUCUACUAAAACCAUUGAGUGCAUUUUUCUAGGUAAAAAAUUUUUAAAAAAAUGAAAGAUGAAUUUAAAAAAGGGGGAGGGGGGGUUCAUUUUGGACAUCAGCCUUGAAAAUGACACAAAUGAGGAAAAUACAAUGGGGUUGUUUGGAGAAAAAUUGCUCAUUGUUGCAUAGUGCAGUUGGAAUUUUGCAAAAAGAGAAGAAAAAAAAUAUAUUGUUUGUAAUUGCUCAAUAUAGCACAGUGCAGGUGGAAUCAAGACUUGGAGAGAAAAAAAGAUAAUGCUUGUUUUUAUUAAUAUAAGUAGUUAAAUUUUAUUACAGAAUAUUUAUUACACUACACACAUUGUUCCCCAUUUAUUUUAAAACUUACCUUACCUUCUGUACAUAAAUAUAGAGUGACCUUUUCACAAAAGAAAUUGCAAUAUUGUUGAACUUAAGUAAAAUUUUAAAUUAUUAUUGUUUGAACAUCUACAUGCUGGAGUGCAUGUUUGUCUUUCAUGUGAAAUGUUAAUGUACUUAAUUAAAGUGUUUUCUUCAAGCAGAAAAAGCUGGUGAUCUUGUCUAAGUUGAACUUAGAGUCAAAGUCUGACCUAAUGGUUUUGAUCCUAAUAAACUUUUAGCUCUGUGGAAAAGUUGUACUCUGAAUAUUUAUUAUUUAGUGUUUUGCAUUUAGUAAUUUAAUGACAUUUUUUUCCACUGCCGUUAUUUUUUUUAAAAGAGCAUUUAUUUUAGGUUUACUUGUCAUAUUUAAUUGUAUAUUCAUGCUGGCAACUCAGUCUUUGUUUGUGUUGAUAGUUGUAAUAGUAGCUAUUUUCUUAAAAUCAUUUUCAUAAAUUGUUUAUUGAAGUUGAAUGAAGUAAUAGCAUUUCUUGUAGGAAUUGCUUUUCAAAAAGAUAAUUUUUAAAGAAAAAAAAAAUUACCAGCAUAUUUAAAACUGAUUAUUGGUUUAUAAUUUUAGGCCUUCAAUGCAAGAACAAACAGAUGGUACAGGUGGGAAAUGUUCAGAUGAACAGAAGGAAAUCUUUUAAAAUUCUUAAAGAUAGCUAAAUAUAAUCAUAUUUAGUUUUAGUGCUAAUGACACAAUCAACUAAGACAAGCCUAGGAUGUGGUAACUUUAAAUUUUGUCACAGUUCCUCUGCUGUAGAAAAAAAAAAAAAAGUAUAUUCAACUUGUUAGACUGAGCCCACAUACACUAUUUGCUAAUGCAUUGUAAAUAUCAGGAUUUUUAUUUGAAGCGAA